GUGCUUUCUCUCUCUUUGUCCGAUUCGAGUUUUGAAGAGCGAUGGCGGGAAGAGGGAAGACGUUAGCCUCGGGUGCGGCGAAGAAGGGGACGUCGAGGAGUAGCAAGGCUGGCCUCCAGUUCCCUGUUGGCCGGAUUGCGCGGUUCUUGAAGGCCGGCAAGUACGCCGAGCGAGUCGGCGCCGGUGCCCCCGUCUACCUCGCCGCCGUUCUCGAGUAUCUUGCUGCUGAGGUGUUGGAGCUGGCGGGCAAUGCAGCGCGGGACAACAAGAAGACUCGGAUCGUGCCCCGCCACAUCCAGUUGGCGGUGCGGAACGACGACGAGCUGACGAAGCUGCUGGGCUCCGUCACCAUCGCCAGCGGCGGCGUGAUGCCCAACAUCCACAAUCUGCUACUCCCCAAGAAGACCUCAAAGCACUCCGCCGCCGGCGAUGGCGAGAGCUAAGCCUCGUUGCUGGAAGAUUUCUAAAGAAGGAAAAAGGGGCGGCUGCCGGCCUGGUCCGUCACGGUGACCGAUCAACGACGUGCUCUCUCUAAUUAAGUGUCUUACUCUCAGAAGUUGAUUGCUUAGGAAUCGGGUAGCGGCUUGGAGCGGGAAAUACCGUGUACAUAGCGGCGUGCCGAUGUCUGAUUUCAUUUGCUUUGUACGUCCAAGGUGUUGUGUGCUCCACAAAAAUGGUCGGAUUCCUGAAUGUGUCGGAUUAGUUAGUCAGGCCACAUCGUGAUGUCUGCCUGCUUUGACGCAAUGCUCGAUGAGACCAGGAUGAUUCCGCAGGCGAAUCGCUGAUGCUGUUUAACAGAGGGCAGCUUGGUUUGGAUCGGAAGCGGAGCACCGUUUACCUGGCGGAGGAACAGCUUACGCGUCCAUCGUCUCGUACAGGAGACACAUGCAUGUUAAUGAUCGCUGACGUGCAGUAACAUCGAAGAAUGGGUUUUCUGCACCUUACGAUGAGGGAUUAUGCCUGACUCGAACCUUAAUCAUAUGUUUGUUUUCCCACUCAUACACACACACAAAAAAAAAAAUGAUGCGGAUCACUGCGUGUGUCGAGGUGAAAAAGAUUCAUGCGGCGGCGGCGACUUCGGUCGCCCGAAUGCAAAAGCAGCGGGCGACGAAUGUCAUGCGGAAUAGCUCGACGUGCUUCGUCUGCGUUCAGAAGUCGGCUAACGAUUACAGGCCGAAUAAACAAAAUUACUUGGAAUUUGUUUUUUAUUGUUUAA